AUGUCGGACAGCGAAGAGCACCAGUUCGAGUCGAAGGCAGACGCCGGCGCUUCCAAGACCUACCCGCAGCAGGCCGGCACCAUUCGCAAGAACGGCUACAUCGUCAUCAAGAACCGCCCCUGCAAGGUUGUGGAGGUUUCAACAUCUAAAACCGGGAAGCAUGGUCAUGCCAAGUGCCACUUUGUUGCUAUUGACAUCUUCACCGGCAAGAAACUUGAAGAUAUUGUGCCAUCUUCUCACAACUGUGAUGUUCCUCAUGUGAAUCGCACAGAAUACCAGCUCAUUGAUAUAUCUGAGGAUGGAUUUGUGAGUCUGCUGACUGAUAAUGGUAACACCAAAGAUGACCUCAAGCUCCCAACUGAUGAAACCCUCCUUGGCCAGAUCAAGGAUGGGUUUGCUGAAGGGAAGGACCUGGUGGUGUCUGUCAUGUCCGCCAUGGGAGAGGAGCAGAUUAAUGCGCUCAAGGACAUCGGCCCCAAUGUGGAGGUGCAACUUUUGACAGCUGGAGAUACUACUGCCCAGAAAGACAGCGGGCAGAUGAGUUUUGUUGCCAAUUUUUGUCAUGGCGAAUGGAAGCUUCGGUGGUUUGAUUAUUACUUCAUUACUCUCGGAACAAAGUUGCUUUCUGUCAUUGUCAGAGUGGUCUUGUACGGCAUCCUCACGCAAGGUGUUUUAGCCUCCUACGGUUCACAUGAUGAAAUGUAA